CAGCUUUUCCGGUGACUCGCAGGUGCAGCAUUUUUUUUUUUUUAAUCGCACACGCGCACACGCUCACAUGCACACGCACAGCGGCGCACAGACGCACCGCUGCUGCAAAACUGCGCCGUUCGGAGCUGAACAGCUGGAUCCAUCCAUCCUCCGGACCGGACCGGACCGGACCGACAAGCAUGAAGCGGACAUUUCUGCUCCUGAAUCCUGAAGAACCCUGGACCGGCACCGAACACGGAUCGGAACCGAACGGGGAGAAGCCGGCAGGUUUCUUCCAGUUGGAGAGGAUUUGCCACCACGCUCUGGAUUUAUGACCAGAAGAAACAUUCAACGCCACGUUUAGAGAGAAUGCAGACUUCUGGACCUCCGUUGAGCUGGAUUUAUCCAGAAUGUUUGGUCGGAUUUGAUCCUGAAACUUUUGCCGCAAUGAAAAGCCAUCUGGGAAGGAGAUUCUGAGCCUUUGAAUGAGCAGAUUUUUACCUAAACUGGACCUCUGGAUGGUUUUUCAUGUCUCACUGAGGUGGAACCUGGACAUCACUGCAGCAAAGAUAAAAUAAUCCUGUUUUUCUCUAUUACAAACCACAGAACCUUCAAAUGAACAGAUUUCUUACUGAAACUGCAAAUAAUGUUUGAGCCCAACAGCAAGAAAUGAACACGACAGUUUCCAUUCAUCUUUAUGAGUUAAAAAAAACUUCUAAGAAAUUAUGUUUAACCAACACAGAGUUAAUUUAAUGAUUAGCAGCAAAACACAAGUUUUUAGUGCAUAAAUCUAGUUUUUCCACAUUAUUAAAACAUGAUUUUAGCGUGUUGUGCACUUAAUAAAGAACUUUACAAGUUUUUAAGUUGAUUCCUCACAAAAAUUAAGCUUUUAACUACAUUAUUUAAAAGGAAUUUUAAAUAAUGAAUCGUGAACACACGCUUUAAGGUGACAAGCAUUUGAAAAAUUAACUUUAGUUCUAAUUACAUUUCCUUUGAAUUUCCAUUUCAGUUAAUUAAGCUAACAAAAAAGUUUUAGCUUUUUUCAUUUAAAAACGGCACAAAUUAAAAUUUCUCAACAAAUUAUAAACGGACUGAGCAGAUUUGUGAAAUUAAACUCUAUGAUUCUUCACCACUAGUUGCUGAACUAAAGAGUCGGACAGUUUAAACUUCACUGAUAAAUACGACCAGCAUCAUGAUAUAUUUUAUUGGUAGAAAUGCUGAAAUCCUAAACUCAAGGGGAAGAAAAAUUAAGCUAUGACGCCUGUUUCUUUAAGUUAUCUCAACUUGAAUUGAGUUUUACAUCAAUUAACACAGAAAUUAGAGUUUAAAUUACACAAAAUAUUAUCAUUUUGUCAACCAUCAAAGAAAUGUUUACAACGUAAAAUUUUUAUCUGAAUGAGUAAACUAGACUUUUUUAGGUGGUAUGAAUAGAUCCCAUGGAUUAGUUCUCAGAGUGUGGACCUCCUGGAUUGUUCUUCAUGUCUGGCUGGUCUCUAAAGCAGCACGCUAUCACCAGGAGCUCUGAUUUCAGCCUCACCGCCCGCUAAUGGGGGCCUCUAGAAGCUGCAGGUCCUCCAGAAAACCUCCGUGCUGUGCUUCUCUUUGGUUUGUGCUGCUCUUAUCGGUGAUUAUGACGACGCAUGCCUGCCCGAAGAUCUGCCACUGCUCCGACAGGAACGGCAUGGUGGUGCAGUGUACCUCACGCAACCUGGAGAGCAUCCCGUCCAACCUGCCCAGAGACACCGUGGUCCUCCUGCUGUCGUCCAACCGGAUCAGACACGUCCCCAGGGAGGCCUUCACGGACCUCCACCGCCUCCGGGAGCUGGACUUAUCUCACAACGCCAUCGAGAUGGUGGAGGUCGGUGCCUUCCAGGGAAUCUCAGACACCCUGCGGACCUUAGAUCUUUCUAACAACCACCUCAGCAGCCUCCCUAAGGACACCUUCACCAAGCUGCACGCCCGGGUCCGCCUCUCCCACAACCCCUGGCACUGUGAGUGCUCGCUGCAGGAGGUUCUUCGGGAGCUGAGGCUCGACCCUGAGACCGUCAACGAGGUUAGCUGCUUCACAUCGGUGCAGGAGGAGUACGUGGGGCAGCCGGUGAUCCAGGUCCUGGACUCAGGGAUCAACUUCUGCAACUUCCACCACAAGACGACGGACGUGGCCAUGUUCGUUGCCAUGUUCUGCUGGUUCUCCAUGGUGACGGCGUACAUCAUCUACUACAUCAAACACAACCAGGAGGACGCCAGGCGGCACAUGGAGUAUCUCAAGUCGCUGCCCAGCACCUCGCACAUCAGUAAGGACUACGACACGGCGAGUAGCAUCUUCUAACAGGACACUGAGGUUCUCCUGCUGUCGUAGAACCGGAUCCUACAAAGAGGCCUUCAUGGACCUCCAAGGCUUCUGGAGCUGGACUUAGAUCAUCAAGAGCCUGGAGGUUGGUGCCUUGCAGAGAAUUCAAGAAGCCACUCGUGCAACCUCCCAAAGGAUCUUCUGGUUCUCCAUGGUCCACCAUAUACAUCUCUUAUGACAUUAAAGAACCAGGAGGACGUAGAAGAAGUAUCUCUAGUUCCUGCUUAGCAUUUCCCUCAUCAGCAAGGAAUACAACACAGCGAGCAACAUGUUUUAGAGCAUUAAAUCUGCUCAAGGACACGGUGGUUCUCAUGUUGGGGUUGAACUGAAUCAGGCACGUCCAAAUGGAAGUCUUUAAGGACCUCCAUUGACUCCACCCUACAAAGCCUUGAGGUCAACAUCUUUCAAGAGAUCUUGGACACCCUGCAGACCUUAGAUUUUUCUCAGCAGCCUUCACCAAGCCGCACACCUGGGUUUACAGCCAUGUUCUGCUGGUUCUCCAUGCAUCAUUUCCAGUCAUCAUCUCGUGAGCAAGGACUACAACUCAACGAUCAGCAUAUUUUAAAAUGAAACUGCUUCAGUGGAUGUGGAUCACAGAGCAGCGCUGAAUACAAAUGAAAGUGAAUGUGGCCCAUAAGAGACGUGAUAAACGCUGCACAAGGCACAAAGACAUUCAGAGAAGGAUUGAAAUCUCAUCAUUAAGUGCUGGUCGGGUUUGUUUCAGCAAAAGAUGGCAGAUUAUUUUUCACUCAGACCCCAUGAAUAAUGUAUGAAACUAUUUUGGAGGUAAACUUUGCCAGAACAGUUUUGCAUCCGUGGUUUUAGGAGUUGAGCCUUCGGGUGAGGUGAACCUCAGAGUCCACGUUCUGUGAAAUGGGCUCCCUGAAAAAUAAUCCCCACAGCUUCACAGAAAAAUAUCUGAGUUUAAAUCUGUUUAAAGUUUUAUGAUGUAUUCCAGAAAAACUGAGUCCUGAUAGGGACUGCUGAGGGCGAAGCAGACGAGGAGGAAGUGUGAGUUUUCAUGUACUUUCCCUGUCAGAACUGAUGUAUGUUUCCCUCUUAAUGUAAAGAGUUUGUAUAUUUAAUGAUCCAUAAAGGAUAGAAGUUUGUAGUGGAGCUUUGCUGGCUUCUGUCACACCUUACAUUUAAGGUGGAAUUGCAGCCUGGAAUUAAAUUUCACACCUGAUAUUUUGCUUCAGAAGGUAAUAACUUUGUCACUUCUGAGAGGAAAAAUAAUCAAUCCGUGUCACAGAAAAACUGGA